CGACGACAACGACGACGACGACGACGACGACGAAGACGAAGACGAAAGUGUUGUGGCGGCGGUGGUGGUGGUGGUGGUGGUGCUGGAGGCGGGAGGGUGACCUCCGGCCAGAGCUCGUCGACGACGAGAUGUUAUCGUGCCGUCUCGCGCCGAUCCUGAUCCUCACUACGAUCCUCAGCGAAUUAACGACGAGCGGCUGCAGUGAGAGGAUGAGUGGACUCUACGUCGACAAUGGCUUUGAUCAGACAAUCGUACACAGGGUCGUUAGCCAGAGAGAAAAACGUGAAGUCGAGCAUGAGAUAUUGAAUUUACUCGGAUUGCCUGAUAGACCGAGGAACACAGCUGGAAGGCCACCUCAAAUCAAAAGGUCCGCACCUAAAUUUCUGCUUGACAUUUAUAAGAACGCUCUCGGCGAAGAUGAGGACGACACUCGACGAUCGAUAAUCGAUCAAACGCAUAGGGCUGGAGGAGAGUUCGAUCUUACUGGUCAGGAUCUCAGGGCCAUCGACCAGAGCGACGUCAUCAUGACCUUUGCUGCGCACAAUCAUCACGUUCCUGGGGUGAGGCACGAGCGUGGAAAAAGACUUUGGUUCGAUGUCUCGGAUGUUCCACCUGGAGAACACAUAAUAGGAGCUGAAUUAAGGCUUUAUCGAAGCAUAGACGUGAAAAGUCGAAGGAAUCGUGGAUCUUACAUGAUCACGGCAUAUCGAGUUCUAAGAAGUGAAGAUGGGUCACGGGAAUUACAGUAUGUUGAUGCGAUAAACACGACAAUAGGAAGAGAAGGAUGGUUGACAUUAAACGUCAGCGAACCUCUUUCACAUUGGGUGAAUAACCCCAAUGGAAAUCGAGGAUUGUAUCUUUCGGUUCAUCCUGCCGAUCGUUCUGUGCACGAGAUGAGGCCAGAAGAUAUUGGCAUCGUUGGGUUCAAAGGUGAUCCGGACAAGUUACCCUUCAUGGUGGGUUAUUUCAAAAGCUCUGGCAUCAGAGAAUCGAAAGUGAGACAAAAACGUGAUGCCAGAAGAAGAAAGAAAAGCGAAUCGUCUAGCUUGGAUUAUCGAAAUAAUCCUUAUACUGAUCCUGGUUCGCAAUACAACUCAAGAACUUGCAAGAUCCAAACGCUCUACGUCAGCUUCAGGGAUCUUCAAUGGCAGGACUGGAUUAUAGCACCGGACGGGUACGACGCAUAUUAUUGCAGCGGUGAAUGCAAUUUUCCCUUGAACGCUCAUAUGAACGCUACCAAUCAUGCGAUCGUACAAACGUUGGUGCAUCUCGUGAGUCCCGGUAAAGUACCAAAGCCCUGUUGCGCGCCUACAAAACUUUCUGCCAUUUCCGUCUUAUAUUUUCUCGAUGAAAGCAACGUUAUUCUAAAGAAGUAUAAGAAUAUGGUUGUAAAGAGUUGCGGCUGUCAUUAAUCAUUUUUACUCUCUUUUUCGAAAGAACAAUCCUUUCUAUAGCGAAUGAAAUUCGCAGGAUCGUCGUUCGGUCCUGCAUCCGGAAGAUCGUCAACUUGUUUAACGUUUUCAGCGCUUUUUUUUUCAAACAUGCGAUAAUAUCGCUUUCGCACUGUUGUUUCAACAGAAACAUGACGAUGAGUCGUGUUUAAACGUAAGCAAGCAACGAUACCUAUGUUUUCCCAUCAUUUUUUAUAAUCAUAAGUAAGAAACAAUCCCCGAUCCUAACGCAACGUACCGAUCCAAAUUUCUCCCUCUCUCUCUCUCUCUCUCUCUCUCUCUCUCUCUCUCUCUCUCUCUCUCUCUCUUUCACUUUCACACACACACACAAAAUAAGGGUAACUGCAACGAAUGCGAGAAAUAUUUUUUAAUACAUCGAAUAUCGAUAGCAUUUCAAUUGAAAGAAUUCAUUUAAAUGAUAUAACACAGUUUAAAAGACUUCACACAAGCUAUUGUUGAAUAAAACAAUGUCUUUCUCUUUUUUUCUUCCGAGAAUGUACAUUUAUUUACAUAUGUAUGAGAAAAUAUCAAUGCAACUAUUUCAUGUAAUUAGACUUAUUUAUGUUUCUUAGUAUAUCACUCAUUCGAAUGGAUAUUGUAUGUAAAAGAAUACUCUUCUUAUCGAAUAUGCCUAUAUUAUAGAGUUACUUAGUAUAAACCAUUCCAUAUUUUAAUGACGAUUAUCUUGAAUUGAAAAUUGGAUAAUUUAUUAUUGUAACCUCGUACGAUGGAAACAAAUUCGUUAAAUAACAGAAAUUUUGUAAUCUUAUGACAUUUAUCUUUUGCACUCCUAUUGCAUUUUUUUGCAAAAGAAUUUAUAAUCAAUAGUAAAAUUGCUUAAAAAAAUAAUGUUAAUUAUUAAUUAUUGUUAAUUAUUUCAAAAUAAAAAUCGGGUGCCUUUUAUUGCAUAAA